AUAAAAGGUCAAAGUAGGCGGAGCAGAGAGUCUUUCUUUCUUUGAUUCUUUUUAUUUUUCUCGUUCUCUCCUUUUUCCUAUAAUCAGAGAGAACGAGAGGGGACGGAAGUGAAAAGACGAGCUUGCCCUCUCGUCGCUUUCAAAUUUUCAUUUUAUUUCGUUCUAUCAAGUUCCGAUUCUUUGUUUCGUCACCAUGAAUGAGAAGGCAAACGUCUCUAAAGAGCUCAACGCUCGGCACAGAAAGAUUUUGGAAGGACUUCUUAAAUUGCCAGAGAAUAGGGAAUGUGCUGACUGCAAAGCCAAAGGUCCAAGAUGGGCUAGUGUGAAUUUAGGUAUCUUUAUUUGCAUGCAAUGUUCUGGAAUACACAGAAGUCUUGGGGUACACAUUUCAAAGGUUCGAUCUGCCACCCUGGACACCUGGCUGCCGGAGCAGGUUGCAUUCAUUCAAUCAAUGGGAAACGAGAAAGCAAACAGUUACUGGGAGGCUGAGCUACCCCCCAACUAUGACAGAGUUGGAAUUGAGAAUUUCAUUCGUGCUAAGUACGAAGAGAAAAGAUGGGUUGCUCGAGAUGGACAGCCAAAACCACCUCCCAUUGGGCAUGCAUACACCAGCAAUUCUGAAAACUUAUUUCCAGAGAGGAAGCAUGUUCAAACACCCAGUACAAGAGUUUCUGUUCCUGCUACAGGAAUUAGUCUUCCUCUCCCCCCUAAAGGACCUGAACAGGUCACCCCUGUUCCAAAGCCUCAAGAGGUGGUUCAGAAUUCUGAAUCAACUGUGGCGCCGGCAGAGGCAACAAAGCAGAGCUCAAAUUCUACUCCUGUAGCACCCCCUCCUAAAGUUGAUUUUGCUACUGACCUUUUUGAUAUGUUAUCCAUGGAUGGUCCGAGUGAAAGUGGCUCAGAGGAUACUUCUCCCAAUGAUGAUCUUUGGGCAGGUUUCCAGUCUGCUGGAGAAUCAUCAAUAGCAGAGAAAAGUGAUUCAACCAGAGAAGUUGAGAGUAUGCCCCAGUCUGCCCCAGGAAUUGAGGACUUAUUUAAAGAUUCACCUUCUCCUGCAACUCCCCCAGUUUCAGCACAGCCUCAGAAAGAUGUGAAAAAUGACAUUAUGAGCCUUUUUGAAAAGUCCAAUAUGGUGUCUCCAUUCGCUAUGCAUCAACAUCAACUUGCUAUGUUGGCACAACAUCAGUCACUUUUGAUGGCCGCUGCAGCUAAAGCUGGAGUUCAAAACCCUGGGUCCAAUGGGGCCAACUUACCCACUCAGAAUGUGCCAAACUUUGGCAACCAAAUUCCUGGAAUGGUGAUGCCAGUUGUGGGACAGGCUGAGCUGCAGAAGCUUAUGCAGGCUAUGAGCAUGGCGCCAGCACAGCAAAUGGGGGGUUCUGUUCCAUAUCCAACAUCCAGCUUUUAUGCUAUGGGGCAAUCUACCCCAGCUAAUGGCAUGUCAACACCAGGAACUGGAACUAGCAAACAGCAGCCAACAGCAACCCCAGCUUCAUCAACACCAGCAUCACAAACCGGAAAGGAUUACGAUUUUUCCUCGCUAACACAAGGAAUGUUUGCCAAACAUUGAGCGGAGGUUUGGUACUGCUGGCAUUGUCAUACGAUACCGCAAUGGUUAUAUUACAGGUAAACAGUAGCACUUGCGAAGUUUUUCUUCUUACUCCUGUAGUGGGGGUUGUAAACUAUUUGUAGAGGCAUUUAUCAGUUUUCUCAUCAUAUUUGGGUGAUGUCUUCAUUUGUAUGCGUAGAUGUAUCCAGAGAAAUAAAAUUGAGUUUAGAUUGAUUGGAUUGA